AUGGUUAAUGUAGUUGGUGUUUUAUUGUUCUACGGACUGGUGGCCACCUGUGCCUUGGAGCUUACGGAUCCUGAUGUUUCGAAAACAUAUGAAUACAUAAGUCAGUUGCGGCCAUUAGGAUUGGAAUUCGCGGAGUUCUUCAAAAAUGUGACUCUGGAGAGCCUGGGCGUAUCCGACUCCAAGUUGGCCAGUGCGGAGGAUGAGUUAUGUUCGGUGGAAUUGGCGGCAGUAAUGAAUGGCAUCUCGUUAAGAGAAACUUGGGCUUUAAAGAUGAUCGAUGCAUGGGGUUCUAUUCCCAACGGACUUCUGACUGGCAAUUUAUUCGAUCUUGGUAACUUUGAUGAAUGCCUUUCCAUUGAAAAAGUGGUCGGUGGUAAGAGAAUACGAGGAAAGUUUUGUUUCCUUCUGGCCAACAGUGCAAGGAUCGCGACUUGCUUCCCGGCUUCAUGCUCGUCCACGCAAAUGGAAACAUUUGUGGAGCAACUGAUGGCAUUGAUAAACUUAAACAGCUCUAGCUUAAAAAUGAGGAUCAGUGGGGCGAGUUGCCAAACAAGUGAAAUUGAGCCAUGGAAUGGACUGACUAUUUUCACCAUAGUUAUCCUAUCCUUGAUGUGCGUUAUUGUGAUUUCUGUUACGAUAUUUGAUUACUUCCUGUGUGAUGAUCCCAGGAGUAUUCCAGCUGUGGUUAAGACUUUUUCGGCUAGAGCCAACUCUCGCGCACUUUUCCGCAUCGUCCCAAAUAAAAGUAAUCCAAAUGUGAUCGAGUGUUUCCACGGCAUCCGCUGCAUGACACUUUUCUGGGUUAUCUACUGCCAUGAAUUCAUAUUUUUUCUGACAUCGCCAAACCUUAACCGGUUAGAUUUAUAUACUUGGACCGUAAAACCAUUUUCCAGUUUUGUGCUACACGGAUACUUUGCAGUUGACUCUUUUUUCGUCCUAGGAGGUCUUUUGGUAUCUAUGAUUUCCCUGCGUUCUAUGGAAAAAUCCGGUGGAAGACUGAACCCAGUUUUGAUGUAUCUGCACCGGAUACUUCGCAUUUUGCCUGUCGUUGCAAUCGCCAUACUAAUCUAUAUGACAAUGAUGACUGUAGUCAGUGGUGGUCCAAUGCUCAAAAACGGUUACCAUGGCAUGGAGUAUUGUUUAAAUGGAUGGUUCUGGACUUUGCUGUUCAUUCAGAACUAUGCAGUGCAGAAUAUUUGUCUGGAUCAUACUUGGUACUUGGCAGUGGACAUGCAGCUAUUUAUCAUCUCCCCGAUCCUCUUGAUGGCUCUGUACAACUGGGGCAAGAAGGCAGCUUCUGGAAUCGCAGUACUUGUGGUUUUGCUAUCUGGCUGCCUUUUUGCUACCCAGAUGGUCAACCACUACACGUUGCUUAUUAAAAUUAACGACGGCGAUGACGGGGUUCCCAACAAAAAAUUGUAUCUAGCCACUCACACUCACGCUGCUCCUUGGCUUAUUGGAUUCUUAUUUGGCUACUUUCUGCAUAUAAAUCGCGGAAAGAAAUUCCAGCUAAGCAGGCCUAUUGUGUGGUUAGGCUGGAUUCUCAGCUUGGCGAUGCUUUUUACAUCGAUUUUUGCUCUAUAUCCGGCUUCCCAGCUGACUGCUCCUCCUCUUUCCACGCUGGAGGAAUCCCUAUACUACACCCUUACCCGGUUGGCUUGGCCCUUGGCCAUUUGUUGGAUAAUUUUUGCCUGCAUGCAGGGCUACGGUGGUUUGGCCAAUAGUUUCCUUUCCACACCCUUGUGGCAACCACUUUCCAGACUUUCCUACUCCAUGUAUAUUUGGCACAUGUUUGUACAAGAGGUGAAUAGCAGGAACGUGCGGACUAACACAUACUUUACCAACUACAUCGCGAUGGAACGUUUCUGCUAUGAUCUUGGCUUUACCGUGCUUAUGUCCUACAUUUUGUACCUGAUAAUCGAAGCCCCGUUGUGUGGAUUUGAUAGUAUUCUACGUGGCCGAAAAGACCCGCCAGCUCCUAAUAAAGCAAACAUCAUUUCUAAUGAACGCGGCAUGGAGAACAGAGACCCCGAAGAUCAAAAUGGGCACGAGACCAACCCGAUAAAUAUUUCGGAAAUACAUAAAUAA